UUCCGCGGCAAGCAACGGGAGGCAGUGGAUGCGAUCAUGAUGAACAAGAGCCCUGUUGUUGUGAUCAUGGGAACGGGCACCAGAAAGAGCCUCUACUCCAUGCUACCCGCGGCCGGCUGCCCCGGUGGACUCACCGUGGUGAUUGUCCCGCUCGUGUCUCUCCAGGGUGAUUUAAUGGAUCGGUGCCAGAAGCUCAAAAUAUCCUGUGCUGAGUGGAGAAGUGAUAGGGUGCCGGGAGAUGUGUCGAUCGUGUUUGUGACGCCCGAGUCGGCUAUGACGAAGCGUUUUCUGGACUUUCUCGAGUCCCGGCGGGUCAUGGCCAAGGUAGACCGGAUCGUUGUCGAUGAAUGCCACACAAUUAUGGAAGGAAGCCUGUCGUUUCGACCCAAGCUACGUGAGCUAGGCACCCUCGCAUUGGUAGGGGUGCAGAUGAUCUAUCUCACCGCGACACUGCCGCCGGCAGAUGAACCAGCUUUCUUCAGCCUGAUCAACGCACUGCACGAAGACGUUGUUAUGAUCCGGGAAAGGACAACACGCGCA